AGUGGCAAGUCAGAGAAUGACAUGUUACAGUGUUUUAUUGAGUCCAAGUACAAGGAUGGCCGCUCAACAACCGAGUCUGAGGUGACUGGCUUGCUAAUUGCCGCUCUCUUUGCUGGGCAGCACACUAGUUCUAUCACCUCAACAUGGACUGGAGCCUAUCUUCUCCGUCACAAGGAGUACCUGACUGCUGCAUUGGAGGAGCAGAAAAAACUGAUGGAAAAGCAUGGGAAGAGGGUGGAUCAUGAUAUCUUGGCUGAGAUGGAUGUCUUGUAUCGAAGCAUCAAGGAAGCUCUUAGACUCCACCCUCCAUUGAUUAUGCUGCUACGUAGUUCGCAUAGCGAUUUUAGUGUACAAACCCGAGAGGGGAAGCAAUAUGACAUUCCAAAGGGCCACAUAGUUGCCACAUCGCCAGCUUUCACUAACCGGCUUCCUCAUGUUUUUAAGGACCCAGAUAGGUAUGAUCCCCACAGAUUUGCAGCUGGGAGAGAAGAGGACAAGGUGGCAGGGCCUUUCUCAUAUAUCUCAUUUGGAGGUGGUAGACAUGGAUGCCUUGGUGAGCCAUUUGCAUAUUUGCAAAUUAAGGCAAUAUGGAGUCAUUUAUUGAGGAACUUUGAGUUAGAACUUGCAUCGCCGUUUCCCAAGACCGAUUGGAAUGCCAUGGUUGUAGGUGUGAAAGGAAAGGUGAUGGUGCGCUACAAGCGACGAGAACUAUCUUUUAACUAGUCUCAAAAGACGUAGGUGGGCUAUUGGCAUUUCUAAGUUAGCUCGCAUAUAGGAUGGUUUUGGCUCCUCUUUAUGCAUUUGUUUUGUAUCUGCUGCGGCACUUUUCUUCACUGAAGCUCCCGUGCUUUUCUGUUGGAUUGUUGCUCGGAUUUAAUUGCCUUGUAUUGAACCUUG